UGGAGCUGCAGUCUGUCUCAGGUUCCCACGCUGGGCGUCUCAGUCUCAGUGGUCACUCUGGUCAUGGCUGAUUCUGAGAGCAGUAGGGUGGUGAAGUGGGGUCCACUCUCAGGACAGUAAGGCCAAGAAGAACAACCUCUGUCCAGCAAACAAUUCUUCCAGGUUCUUUCAUGCAGCGACCCUGUUGACCAGCACCCUCAGCUCCAGCCUCCCAUACUGACCUCCAGAGCUACAGCCAUGGAGUCAAAGUCCAAGAGCUUCAGGAUUGACGCCCUGCUGGCUGACGAGGCUCACCGGACUCACCGAGCCCACAGAGGUCACCGGGCUCCAUCUCCAUGCCCCAGCGCUGACAGUCCUGCGGGCAGCCCGACGUCCUGUCCGUCUCCCCGUGCCAUCCACCUGCAGCCCGGGGUCGUCCCCAAGCCGGGCCUACUGGGCCUGACCCACCCGGCCCUCUCGUCUCUGCCACAGGGGUCCAUCCCAGCCGUCUACCCACCACCCCUGUACCCCGUUUCAGUUUUAGGAACCCAGCACUCACCCCUGGGGUACACCACUUUCGCCCACCCGGAGCAGCUGAAGGCAGCGGCGGCGCUGGAGGGAUGGAUCAGGGCUGGAGUCAUGCUGCCGCGCCUGCCCGACUACACUGCUGCUCCUCAGUCAGGGCUGAUGGGUAAAUGUCGGCGGCCACGCACAGCCUUCACCAGUCAGCAGCUGCUUGAGCUGGAGAACCAGUUUAAACUCAACAAGUACCUGUCCCGACCCAAACGCUUCGAAGUGGCCACCUCCCUGAUGCUGACCGAGACACAGGUAAAGAUCUGGUUCCAGAACCGCAGGAUGAAGUGGAAGCGCAGCCGAAAGGCCAAAGAGCAAGCCGCCCAGGCGGACGCCGAGCGCCAGCGGGCUGGAGGCAAAAAGGCCAAUGAGAACUCAGCUGAGGAGGUCCAGGGGGCGGGGCCUCAGGAACGUGAGGGACAGAGGGAAGAGGAAGACGUGGACGAAGAAGAGGAGGAUGAUGAGGAAGACGAGGCGGAACAGCACGAGUUCAUGAGUGGUACGGAUUUUCUCCAGCAUGACUUUUCUCACAGCCAGUACUCCGACGACGACAUGGAGGAGAUGGGGGGAGGGGACAGGAAGAUUGGGGUGGGGUUUUGAGAAGACACCUCUUCUUCACUUCACUUCCUGCAGCUGACUGGUCAACAUCAAUGGACUCUGUGACAAGAGAACUACUUCUGGACAUCAAGUUGUGAAAAUUGGUGGGAAUACUUUACCCAAAAAUGCAAGCUAGGGGGCGCAACUUUCAUGAUGCUAACUGAGCACUACUAGCUAUUAUCCGCCAUUAGCUUUUUUGGGUACAGCUUUCGUUUUAGGAUCAUAGAUUGGGACAAAUUGUCCAAAAUAGACCCCAGAGAGCCUGGCCUGCUCUACUGUGGCCUGUAGUCGGACGUAAACUCCUUUAGUAAGGGAACUGUUAAGGACAGUACAGGUCAGUCUUGGAGGGCCAGUGCACUUUUCACUGAUCCAACACACUUGAUUCCACUCAUCAGUGCAUUACCAAUAAAUUUGGGAACUGAUCUUAGUGUUUCUCAGCAGGGAUCUGAGUUGGACACCCCAAG